GCGGCGCGCGGCGGUGGUGGCGGUUGCUAUCGCCGCGCGAGGCCUGGCAGAGCUGUGAGGCGAGGAGAGGGGGUGAGGGAGAGAAGUGCUGCUGCUGCCGCUUCUGCAGGCAUGAUGUCGACCCUGAAGCCGAAGCAUCGCCCCUUCUGCUUCAGCGUAAAAGGCCACGUGAAGAUGCUGCGGAUGGAUAUUAUCAACUCAAUGGUAGCAGCAAUAUUCAUGAUAAUCAUAUCUGUGUUGGCACUGUUACCAGAAACCACAACAUUUAUAGUCCUUGGAGGGGUGUUUGGACUCCUGACAGCAGUGUGCUGUAUUGCCGACGGGGUCCUUAUUUACCGGAAGCUUCUAUUUAAUCCAAGUGGUCCUUAUCAGAAACGCACUAUUCAUGACAAAAUAUAAGUUUUGUAAUUUUAUAUUACUUUUUAGUUGAUGCUAAGUAUUAAAUAUAUUAAAUAUAUUUAUUCCUCC